GGUCCCCGAGUUCGAGUCCCGCGGUCGGCGGUUUGUUUCGCUCCCCGCUGCGGCGCCGCCCGCCCCGCCGGGGGCCCGCCCGGCCGCGGAGAUGGGUGACAUGGAGUCCUACAAGGUGAUGCUGAACGGGCCGGCACCCUGGGGCUUCAGGCUGCAGGGAGGGAAAGAUUUCAGCAUGCCGCUCUCCAUCUCCAGGCUGACGCCGGGUGGGAAGGCGGCGCAGGCUGGCGUGGGAGUGGGAGACUGGGUGCUGUACAUCGAUGGGGAGAGCACCAGCUCCAUGACACACAUCGAGGCCCAGAACAGGAUCCGCGCCUGCGGGGACAGGCUCAGCCUCACCCUGAGCAGAGCCCAGAACCUGGGGAAGCCGCAGAAGGUGCUGAGCCUUGACAAGCAGCCCCUGCAGCCAGUGGAGCCCCCCAGCAUCCCUGUGUGUGACCCUGGGAAGUUACGGCUUGUAGAGGACUCUGAGAGCUGGCAGCCCCGCACUGGGACCUCCCAGUCCCGCUCCUUCCGCAAACUGGCCCAGCUGACGGGCACUGACAGCAGUGAGUUCACGCAGGACCCGGCGCUGGCUGCUGGGCUUUGCUGGGGCAACUGGAGCCUGAUAUUGGAGGAUCAUGAGGAUGAUCUUGUUAAAGAGCCCAGGGAAACCCAUGGGGCUGGCUGGGGCACAGGGGAGAUGUGGUGGCAGCCCCCAGAGCCGCUGGACCCCCCCAGGAGCCCCGUGUGUGACCCUGGGAAGUUGCGGCUGAUGGAGGAUGCUGAGGACUGGCAGCCCCGCACUGGGACCUCCCAGUCCCGCUCCUUCCGCAAACUGGCCCGGCUCACGGGCACAGACGGAUUGGAGGAUCAUGGUGAUGUGUUUGUUAAAAAGCCCAGCCAGGUCUCUGUGCCGGACCCAUCCCCAGGAGCAGGGAUGAAGACUGAGCCAGGACUGGCCCCCAGGACCCCCGCCACCACCCCUGGCCCUGCCAGCCGCCCUCCUUGGGCUGUGGACCCCUCUUUCGCGGAGCGCUAUGCCCCGGACAAGACGAGCACAGUGGUGAGCAAGCAUAGCCAGCCGGCCACACCGACCCCCAUGCAGAACCGCAGCUCCAUCGUGCAGGCAGCACAGCAAGCCCCCGAGGGGCCCGGCCGCACGCCGCUCUGCUACAAGUGCAACAAGGUCAUCAGGGGACGCUACCUGGUGGCGCUGGGACAUUAUUACCACCCUGAGGAGUUCACCUGCUGCCAGUGCAGGAAGGUGCUGGAUGAGGGUGGCUUCUUCGAGGAGAAAGGCUCCAUCUUCUGCCCCAAGUGCUACGACACGCGCUAUGCACCCAGCUGUGCCAAGUGCAAGAAGAAGAUCACAGGGGAGGUCAUGCAUGCACUGAAGAUGACCUGGCACGUGCAGUGCUUCACGUGCGCUGCCUGCAAAACUCCCAUCCGCAACCGUGCCUUCUACAUGGAGGAGGGACAGCCCUACUGCGAGAGAGACUAUGAGAAGAUGUUUGGCACCAAGUGCCGCGGCUGCGACUUCAAGAUUGAUGCUGGGGACCGGUUCCUGGAGGCGCUGGGGUUCAGCUGGCAUGACACUUGCUUCGUCUGUGCGAUCUGCCAGACCAACCUGGAAGGGAAGACGUUCUACUCCAAGAAGGACAAGCCGCUCUGCAAGAGCCACGCUUUCUCCCACGUGUGAGGGGCAGGAGUUCAGCUGCACCCACGCGUGUCCCUGGCCCUGCAUGUUCCUCUCCCCCCCACCCCUGCUGCCCCCAGGGAGCCAGGCUGGGCCCUCACCCUUUCUCCUUGCUCCUGCCUCUUUCCUGGCAGCUCCUGGCCCAGCUCCAGCCAGAGGCAGUGCUGGGUCCAGAGCUCCUUAGAGCUUGGUGGCUUCUUCUGUGCCCCCUGACUGGCCCUAGGAGCCCUGGGACAGGGAUGCUACAUGGGUCUCCUUCCCCCCAGCCAUGCAGUGUGGUGGUUGUGCCUGUGCUGAGGCUGGAGCUAGGGAGGGUCUGGCACAGCAGGGCUGUUCCCUUGCUCAGCUGGGGCCCUGCUGCCUGGCAGGUCAGCGCUGGGGCACGGAUGCUCCCAACACAUCCCUGAGUGGGUGAGGACCAGCUCCCUGCCCCGCUCUCCCCUAUCUUCCCUGCUGUGUGCUCAGUGUGUGGGGCUGGAGCCCUAGCCCCACUCCCCUAUGGGGUCCUGACCACAGCAACCCCUCAGCCACCCCACACACUGCUGUGGUGGCUUCCUUCCUACCCUAGCUCUGUGCCUGGGGUCUCUGCCUCCUAUCCCCUCAACCCAGGCCCGCUGCUCCCCUGGGGCUGGCGUGUGGCAGCACCCCCAGUGUGGCUGUGCCGGGGAGCAGGUCACGGCUUCCUACCAAAGAGCACUCUCCCACCGCCGUCCUGGGCCUGUGAAUGCCUCUCCCAACCCCACGCUCUCCAGUUGGGUUGCUGCUGAUGUAGCCAUGGUGCUUUUAGUGCCUUUAAUAAACACUUCUCUGCAAGUGC